AGUGGAUCUAUUCUGGUCACCGAGCAACUGAUGCCAAAGUAGUCAUUCACUACCUACUCCGUGUUUUCAUCAUUCUCUCUGUGACUUGGCCCCGCCAAAGGUUGUGAGACCGAAAACCAAGAACCUCUUCUUAGACUUCUACCUCAAGUAUCUGGUCAAUCAUCAUGUCUGAAAGAAAGGCUGUUAUCAAGAAUGCGGACAUGUCCGAGGACAUGCAGCAGGAUGCUGUGGACUGCGCCACACAAGCCCUUGAGAAGUACAACAUUGAGAAAGACAUUGCUGCCUUCAUCAAGAAGGAGUUUGACAAGAAAUACAACCCCACCUGGCACUGCAUCGUGGGCCGCAACUUCGGCAGCUACGUCACUCAUGAAACGAAACACUUUAUUUACUUCUACUUGGGACAGGUGGCCAUAUUGCUGUUCAAGUCAGGGUGAACAUUUUCGCCGCCCCCUAGAACUGUUAUUUUAAAACAUGACAUUUUAUUACUUCUCACAUCAAGGCCAGUCAUCCACCGUUCUUUGACCUGAGGGAAGUCUCCACCAUGUGAUAUGAACAAACCAAAAAUUUCAAUGUUUUGGACUAACCUUUGAGCUUUUCCGUUGUUUUUUUCUUUUUUUUUGCAGUCCGUGCCUAACCAUUUCAGUUUUGGAAUUCGAAUUUUGAAAGUAAAACUUUGAACAGGACUUUCUUCCAUCUGAUUUUUUUUUUCUGUGCAAGUCUUUGUUGGAUGUUUUUAUAUGAGCGGACUAAAUAUGUACAAAAGUGUGUGUGUUCAGGAGUACUUGGCAGUAUGGGAAAUGUCAGUGGGCACAUCAUGUAGACAGGGGAUGUGAGUCUGUGAGUGUGAGAAUGAAAUGUCUGAUGUUGCAAGUGGGAGUGGUUUGGUCAUAACGAAUGUGUAAUAAAAGGACAUGAUGUAAUAUAAUUCACUUCCA